AUGAAGAAAGAUACUCAAGUUAGUGCUGAUGGUAGUAGGAUAACACGAGUUAUCAGCUCAGAGCUAAACAGCCUGCACUCGUCGGUGACAUCGACAAACUCGUCGAAGGAUUUGCUACCUAAUAUUGGGGCCAGCUCGGAAUAUGAAGCUGAGUCUGUUCAAGUCUCGGAAUCAGAAACUCGACCAUCAAAAAUAGUUAUUCUUUUGACGUUGGUGUCCUCCAUAUCUGGGUUCAUGUUUGGUUAUGAUACAGGGUACAUUUCAUCUGCUUUGGUUCAGAUUGGAACAGAUUUGUCCAACAAAAUUCUAACAUCUGGGGAGAAGGAGUUCAUCACAUCAGCCACUUCGCUUGGUGCUUUGCUUGGAGCUAUACUUGGUGGUAUUUUAGCCAAUUUGAUUGGAAGAAAAAGAGUUUUGUUGGGUUCAAAUGUCAUUUUUGUAGUUGGAACAAUUGUUCAACUAGCUGCCAAAACUGUAUGGACCAUGAUUGUAGGCAGAUUCAUUUUGGGUUGGGGAGUGGGCAUUGCAUCCUUGAUUGCACCUCUCAUGUUGUCCGAGCUUGCUCCUUCGAAAUAUCGUGGUCGUUUGAUUGUCACAAAUGUAAUGUUUAUCACAGGUGGUCAAUUGGUUGCAUAUUUUAUUAACUGGGGGUUAACCAGAGUGUCGCACGGUUGGAGAGUAUCUGUUGGGUUAUGUAUGGUACCCGCGGUUUUACAAUCAUGCUUGUUUUUCUUUUUACCUGAUACUCCAAGAUAUUAUGUGAUGAAUGGUGACAUACCCAAGGCAAAACAAGUUUUGAGAAGAAUACACAACGAUCCGUCGGAUGCAUUUGUUAAUGCCUCUAUCGAGGAUAUGAUUCAAUCCGAUUCUACAGUGCCAGGUAGAAACCCACUCCAAAAGGCUUGGGAGUCGAUCAAAAUCAUUCACACCACACCAGGAAACUUUAGAGCAUUGAUUCUUGCAUGCGGGCUUCAAGGAAUCCAACAGUUUACUGGAUUCAACUCGUUGAUGUAUUUCAGUACCACCAUCUUCGAAACAAUUGGGUUUGAAAAUGCCACGGCUGUCUCUAUUAUCAUUUCAGCUACAAACUUUGUUUUUACUGGGGUUGCUCUUUGCAUCAUCGACAAGGUUGGAAGAAGGCGAAUUUUACUUAUUGGAAUGCCAUGUAUGUGCGCAGCCUUGGUUGUUUGUGCGAUUGCAUUUCAUUUUCUCGAUGUCGAUUUUGCAUCAGGUGUAAUGAUACACACAAGGGGCAUCAGCGGUUGGGGUAUCGUCGUCAUCAUUGGUAUGAUUUUGUAUGUUGCAUCAUAUGCAAUCGGUAUUGGUAACGCAGCUUGGGUAGGAGUGGAGUUAUUUUCUGAUGUCAAUGUUAGAUCGAUUGGUGGAAUGUAUGCAGCAUGUACGAAUUGGGCCGGAUCCUUGGUAAUUGCAUCUACAUUUUUAACCAUGUUGGAAAAUAUAACACCAACAGGAACAUUCUCAUUCUUUGCUGGACUUUGUUUGAUUGCUUUCUUUUUCGUUUAUUUCUUGCUUCCAGACACUGCUGGCUUGGAGUUGGAAGAGACUACGAAUUUCUUAACCAAGGGGUUCAAUGUCAAGCAAUCUGUUGCUUUGUCAAAAGCCAGAAAGAAGCACUCAAAGUACACAAGUGGAAAUGUUUAA